CCUUUGCGCAUCACUAAAAGCUAGGACCGGGCUUCAGUUCUGUAGGGUUCGCUAUAUUAUCCCACCAGGCGUCGUUCAUCACUGCACUGCCUCUUCUCUCUCUCUCUUUAUGAAGAAAAUUGUGAAGAUGGAGAAACAAACCAGCGUUUAAUAUCUUAAACUGUAAUAAUUACAGCAUGUAAAGACUCAUACUGUCCGUAGAUUAAUCACAUCACCUGCUUCAAUCUGAUAAAAUACAAAAGGAGCUGGAUCUCGCUGCAUCUAUACGCUAUCCCUGACUACAUCCAUAUACAUAAAGAACAAAGAAGCGUUCAAACAGUGCUCAAGUACUGCCGGAUGCUUUCGUUACAUUCAAGAGCUAAUCUUUUGGCAAUAAAAGAAAAGAAUCAACAUGAUCAAGAGCAGCAGACUGUUUUCCAGAUUCAAACUUUUAAGUUGGAACAUUUUUUUUGUGAUCACAGCAACCUGGGCUAUUGGAGAAUCUCAUAAAUGCCCUGACAGACGCAAAAUUAGCCCGUGUGUUUGUAUCCAAAAGUCUCAAGGAGUGGAAGUGACAUGUGAAGGGGCUAGUAGCAACCAACUCAGGGAAGCUUUAGAAAACUUCGAUCAGAAUCUGUUUUAUCUAAUACUGAAAAAUAACAGUCUUACCAGCAUUCCACCUUUUUUACUAGAAGGGCUAAAAGUGCGCCAUUUUUACUCUCACUAUGGGGAUACCUCCACAAUUGACGAAGGUGCUUUUUCUUCACUAGUUGGAAGCAUUGAAACGAUGGAUCUCUCCCACAACUCCUUCCAACGUAUACCCUCUAAAGCUCUCGAGGCCCUUGGUACCCUGGUGCAUCUGACCUUGAAUUACAAUAAUAUCGAACUGCUUCACUCAGAAGCGUUUCGAGGACUGCGCUCCCUUGAAAGAAUGUCUUUGUUUGGCAACAGAAUCACACAUAUCGACAGCCUGGCCUUCGCUAGCAUGGGGAACAACCUUAAACAGCUAAACCUUGGAAGAAAUCAACUUACUACUAUUCCCAUUGAGCCACUGAAACAAGUUCCAGGCCUCAAGAACUUAAAACUUUCCGAAAACAUGAUCGAUACUAUUAUACCUGACCAGUUCAGAGAAAUGGGAGGACAUCUUGACACUAUUAUUCUAGCUGGAAACCGCAUAAAUGAACUUCCUCAGAAAGCAUUUGCCCAUCUUUUAGCGUUGAACUCAAUAAAUCUUGAACGAAACCGAAUAAAAACAAUUCAUCCUGAAGCAUUUCUUGGAGUUGAAGAUACUUUGGCUUGGUUGAAACUUGGCCACAAUCGUUUGGAAUCUUUUCCUGUUGCAGCUCUUAAACAUCUCAAGACAUUACGAGAACUUGAUCUCAGGAACAACAGCAUAUCGAAAAUAGAAAGGAACGCUUUCUAUCCUUAUGGAAUUCACCUAAAGUACAUCUUCCUCCAAAACAACAUGAUCGCUGAGAUUGAUAAAGAAGCCUUGGAUAAUCUUAACAGUACCUUACGGUGGCUCUACCUACAAUCUAACAAACUUCGAACUGUUGAUGAGGCUACAUUCGAAAAAAUCCGGUACACUAUCGAAAUUCUGGACAUCCACGAUAAUCCUUUUGAUUGUACUUGUGAUGUGGUUUGGUUUCGAGAGUGGAUGCAAGAAAGUGAAAAAAGCGUAGUGAGCAUGCCCAAUGAAACCGAAUGUUAUACUCCGGAGGAGCUACGUGAUGUUCCCCUCCAUGACAUCUCAAGUUCUAUGCUACGAUGUCCUACAAGUUCAUCUGGCCUCAAAGUCUACUUCCCCAUUAACGUGGUUUUCAUCAUUGGUCUACUGAAUUGGUUCAUCACAGUCAAGCACUAGGCUUAAACGUGAUAUCCUGUGUUUUUUCUCUAAUCAGGAAAACCAUGGAUUCUUGUUCCUCUUUUUAAAGGCAAACAUGAGUUGUAUAUAUUUCUAAACCAAUACGAUUUGACUAUAAUAUUUAGCUAUGUAACUCACGAGCCUAGAGAACGGUUAUUCAAUUACAUUGAUCUCAAAGGAUUGGCAGAACACCGAUAAUUUUUUUUAUUUCAUAAAAAAACCUAAAACAACGGACAACUUUUUAUUUAAUUAUUUCUUUCUUUUUUCUUUUGCUUCUCUGAGUGUUUAUUUCAGUGUCUCUUUGACAAAACAAUUUUAUUUUCCAACAAAACAAACUUCAUAACAGACAAGGCAUCUGGAAGAAAAUAUCAACCAUUAUAAUUUUUGUUACUAAAGUCUUCAUCUUUUUGUCCUUUUUUCAUAAUAAUCCACUACCACGGGUUAGAAGACAGAGACGUGUAUUUUCACCUGACAUUAGUGAAAACUUUACAUCUUCUUUCGUCACUUGGUUAUUAAAUUCUAAACAUAUUCUUUAAAAGCUUUAGCACUAGAUGCAUAGUCACGUUUUAAAAUCUAAAUCAAGUAGUCAGUAGUUCUGGAAGUAUUUCUGACUGAACACCAAAAUGGUGGUAUUGUAGAUGAAAUGACUUCGUCCUAACGUGUUUUUCUUUAGCCAGUUGGCCACAUAUCUCUAGUUGACUAAUUUUGUGACAUUUUUCAUAUAUUUGUGAUUUUGCAUAAGUACAUUGUUGUUGAAGUAAAUUUUACAGUCACUUGUAUAUUGCUCUUAAUGUUAAAAUUUUAAAGUUAUACAAUUAUUAAUCGUAAGUCACAUGAUUACCAUUAUUUGGCAAACUACCCUUUUUCCAGCACUUAACAUUCUGUGGUUGGUUAAACAAGUUACUUAAGACAUUAAUCUUCUACAUCCAGUUCUAAGUUGUAUAUUUUUAUGAGUGACAUGUGUAUCUUUCAAUGUUUUAAUUUUAAGUUCUACUUUACUAAAAUUAAACUAUAUGUUUAUGGACUUGGUAUAUUAGAUUUAUUACAGAGUCAAAACCUGUUAUAUAAAUAAAACUAACAUAUUCACAGGGUGAUAUUAAUUUCGCUUUAUCCUCUUUCCUGUUUUAUUUUUUCCUGUAACUUUACAAAACCAUUUCUAGAAAAAAAAGCACAAGUAAAACGUCCAAGAGUGCAUUACAAGUUUUAUAAACAAAUGUUUAAUAUUGGUCAUAUUUCUAUAAAAAAAGUAACCGGUAGGAAUGGCUAAAUAAGAAUACUAGAGGUUAAAGAUUCGAAGAGGUUAAGGACAAGAGUUAUUAAAAAAUAAAAGUUUAUUGUAAAAAUUAAAUUAAAUCUUUUACGCUACUAAAGUUUACUUAAAUCUAACAUUUUCGCGAUAUUAUUGUGAUUAUGUUCGAUAUUUUGAGGAAGUGAGAAUAUUUCUUUGCUAUUAGAUAAUCGUAAAUCAAAAACUUGAAAUGUAUAGGAAAUUUAUGUAUAGGAAAGAGAGAAAAAGAAAUACCUAACGUAGAACAGCUAAGAGAACAUGUUUUUUGUGAAAUGUUAUUUCAGAAAAAGUAAAUAUCUUUGUGGCUUGAGAACGUUUAGCUUGUCAGAAACUGAACCAAAAUGAAGUACCAAAAUAAUAAACUGUUGAAAAUGUUUAGAUGUAUUUUUUGUUUUUCACACUAUUUCAAUGGAUAUUACAAUUUCAAACAGAGAUAAUGCCUAGUGAAUGAAAAGUUUGUGGAUUUGGUUGCAAAGUUAGAUAACAUUGUAAAAUAGCUGAAAGUAUAUGUCUCUCUUGUUAUUGAAAUAAAUAGCUAAAAACUCUCAGAAUAAAAGAACGAAAAAAGCUGAAACUUUCUGCAACACUUAAAUUAAGUAAAUCGUGUUUGAAUAUCGAAAUCAGAAAGAGAUGUUUUUCUCAGAUAGAAGUAUCACCUAUAUAUGUAUGUAUAUUUUGCUAUUUCCCCUUUUCUUCUCUAAGACUAACAAAGAGCACAGUCCACAAGCAGAAACUGGUGGUAGAUAUCUGAUAUAUAGGAUAAGAUGAAGAAAAAACAAACGACCUUCCCGUUAUCAUAGUUACAAAAAGAAUGUUUUUUUAGUAUUCUUUCAUCUCCAUCAACUAUAUUUCUAUUCAAAUAAGAAAGUGAACAUACUUCGAAUGUUGCAAAACUAUUCAGCUGGUUAAUAGCUAAAGCUGACUUUUAUCGCUCUCCUUCCUAUAUAUUAAAAAUAGUUAAUAUGAAUCAAAGUUUUUGUAAAGUAUAUGUCGUAAAAUGUCAACAGUCCUUUUAAUAUAAUGUUUAAGAACUUGAAUAAUUGAUGUUGAUUUAGAGCCUCUCCAUGUACAUCAAGGAAAGGU